AUUAUAUAAAUGGGGAAAAAUCAAAGCAAUCCAAAGCGUACAACUAAAAAUGAGAAGCUUUCUCAACAAGCCAUGCUUGUACUCAAAGUGCGAACCAAGUAUGAAAAACUUACAUCGAAAGCCACAUGACACAGAACUGCCUUGAAGAUCUAUUCAAAAGUUCAGAAUAAUAAUUUAAAAGCAAGGAUUUUCCAAAUUUAUAACUGAGUUGUCUCAUUAAAGACUCAGCUAGAUGCCUCGAAUCCUGAGAAGUUAGGGAUCAAAGAUAAAAGCUGCAACAAAAAAUACAAGAGUCUGAAAAAAGAACUCGAAGAUCUUUUAGAGGAAGCCUGCAAAAUAAUCCAGAUGGCCGAAACCCAGCAAAUCAUUUAUAUUGACUCCUCAAGUAUUCUCAUUUUUUGUAGUAGUUUAUUCGGAAAUGCAUUGCAUGAGUGCAUAAAUUUUUGAUACCUUCUCCUACUGAUAAAGCUCCAAUGAUUUCACUAUGAUUCUGGCUUUUUGAUUUUGAACUUGACAAAGCUUUUAUAGCUUUCUAAAAUUGUUACUAAGCCAUCACACUUUUUAGGUCAAAAUAAAUAUGAUCAAGGCAUCAUAGUCAGAUUUGAGAAGAGAAUCUGAAAGCAAUCCCAAAAUAUCGAGUCCAAAAUAUUCGAUUCUCUUGCUGAGAAAUGGUGUAGCGAGACAUUCAAAAAAGAUUCCAGAUCUGAAUUCUUCCUCUAAACCUAAGUAUCCGUAGGGGUUUCCGUAUUUUGGAAAGUUUGAAGUCUCUUCCCCUCUCUAAUUUAUACAGAUAAAAACAAAAGCUGUGAGCAAUAUAAGUCCGAAAAACUUGCCUGCUUUGAAAAAAUUUCUUUGAAAUUCACCCUGAAGAAUGCAGAAAUUAGAUCUGAGGUUUACUCUUGGUUCUUCAAUCAAGAAGGCCAAAUAUCUAAAAAGCAUCCUGAUUGUCAGUUAUAAGGUAAGCUCUGAAGUCAGAAUUGAGACCGCAAGUAUAAGCCAAUCUUUAUUGAUGAGGGUUUUUACUGCAUGUCGUAAUACAAAGAAAUUAUUCUUUUCAUAUUGCAGGCUUUCUGUUCCAAAAGUGCCAGACUUCGGCUACUCUUUGGAUGGAAGUACAAUCACAACAUUGACACUGUCCAAUUGAAGAAUAACUGGGUCUAUAAACAGUAGAGAAUCUAUGGAUGGCUUGUCGAAGCUGGUAGAAGGAUUGUCAAAAUCACAAGACUUCAAAGAAGCUUUAAAAGAAUUCGAUGGACUUCAUUCUUUUAAUGAUCAAAGCGAAGUGACGAAAAUAUUUAGAGAGCAUGGAUUUGAAGAUACUUAUGUUC